GCUUGCAGAAGGCGAAGAAAGUAUUUCACACAAUAUUGACAAGCAAAAAAACAAAAACAAAAUGUGGACGAAAUGGCCAAGGAAUCUAUUGGCCUUGACCAUCUUGGUUGGUGUCUAUUCCAUUGUAACACCCAUUGAGGCUUCAGCAUCCAAGCAUGUGGUGUGUUACUUCGGCACCUGGUCGACAUAUCGCCCAAGUCCGGGCAAGUUCGACGUAGAGAACAUUGAUCCCUUCCUUUGCACACAUUUGGUUUACGCAUUCCUUGGCAUUGAGGAAAAUGGUGAUGUCCGCAUAAUCGAUCCAUAUCUUGAUCUGGAAGAUAAUAGCGGACGUGGUAACAUUAAGAAAUUUAAUUCCCUAAAGUUGAAAAAUCCCACCCUAAAAACAUUGGCCGCUAUUGGUGGCUGGAAUGAGGGCUCGAAAAAGUUUUCGAUUGUGGCUGCCGAUGCCGAAAAACGAGCUCGAUUUGUUAAUGGCGUUGUUAAACUUAUACAACGACACGGUUUUGAUGGAAUCGAUUUGGAUUGGGAGUACCCAGGUCAGCGGCAUAGCUUAGACAAUAAGGAUCAAGAAAAUUUCAUAACGCUGCUUAAGGAGCUCAAAGAAGGACUGCAGCCUUUUAGUUACAUAUUGAGCGCGGCUGUAGGCUCCGCCGAGUUUUCGGCGCGGAUUUCUUAUGAUAUACCGAAGGUGGUGGAAUACCUGGACUUGAUAAACGUGAUGAGCUACGAUUUGCAUGGAUCCUGGGACGAGGAGGUUGGUAUUAAUGCACCUCUUUACGGCCGUUCAAACGAAACCAAGGAGCAAAAAGAACUGAACGUGGAUGCCAUUGCCAAGUAUUGGAUAGGUGCGGGUGCGCCAAAAGAAAAGCUUGUUCUGGGCGUACCUUUCUAUGGUCGCACGUUCACUCUGGCUUCUGCAGAUAAUCAUAAUCUAGGCGCACCACAUAUAGGACGGGGAAUUGCCGGGCCUUAUUCCCGGGAGCCUGGUGUACUUGGCUACAAUGAACUGUGCGAAAAGAUGCAACAGGAAGCAUGGACAGUCGAGUGGGAGUCGGAGCAGCAGGUUCCCUAUGCUUACAAAGACCGCCAAUGGGUGGGAUACGAAAACACUCGAAGCAUUGAGCUAAAGGCUCAGUAUGUCGUCGAGCAUAAUUUAGCAGGCGUUAUGAUCUGGUCGUUAGAGUCAGAUGACUUCUUGGGUAAAUGCGGAGAAGGUCGCAACCCACUACUGCACACAAUAAAUCGGGCUUUGUUUGGCACCGACACGCCAACUGGCCUGACUGACAGUCCCAAGGAUGAUGCCUCCGACAGCCUUAACACUUAUACUUGCACUGCCGACGUGGGUUUUGUGCGGGAUCCGCACGAUUGCUCAAAAUUCUAUUACUGCGAUUCGGGGUCCACCUUCCGAUUUAACUGCCCCACCGGCCUUAGUUUUGACUACGCAUCGAGCAGUUGCAAUUAUGCCGAAUUAGUAAAAUGUUAGCACCCGCCUCUCCGUUAAUAAAAAUCGUCCAUUUACAUGCGAAAACUUUA